AUGAAAAUCGCCCUUGUCACCGAAGUGUCUCCUCUCUACGUGAACGGAGUGUCGCGCACCAUUGUGCGUCUGCUCGACCACCUGACCGAACAGGGCCAUGAGGUGGUGGUCUUUGGCCCCGACUCGGGCCACUACAAGAACGUGCGACUGGUCGGUACUUUUGGAGUGCCGCUCUUCUUCUACCCGGAGCUCAAGUUCAACUUCGCUACCCCCAGCAUGGUCUACCAGCUGCGACAGUAUCAGCCCGAAAUCAUCCACUUUGUCGAUCCCAACCUGCUGGGACCCCAGAUGCUCGUGUGGUGUAAGAUGUUCCUGCCCCAUGUGCCUCGAAUCGCCUCCUACCACACCAAUAUUGCGCUCUACGCUACCAUGUUCGGCUUCUCCUACCUCUACGAGCCCAUCUGGUGGACCAUGCGAAUGUACCACGGCGCCUGCCGAAAGACGUUGUGUCCCUCGCACUCCACCAAGGCCGCUCUUGUGGCCAACGGCAUCCCAGCCGAGAAGGUGGGUAUCUGGACCCGAGGAGUGGAAAUGGCAAUGUUUAACCCCGAACGACGAAACAUGCAACUGCGAGAGAAAUGGCUGUGUGCUGGAAAGCCUACACUUCAGUCAAACUCAUCGACAUCUUCGCUGCUACGACGAGCCUCCAACGAAGAUGAGGGUGUUUCUUUCGGCCUCCAGGACCCCGAGGAUAAACUGAUCAUUCUCUAUGUGGGUCGAAUCUCAUGGGAAAAGAACAUCCAGGUGCUGGUCGAGGCCUACAAGGGCAUGAACCACGAACAGGUGCAUCUGGUAAUUGUGGGAGACGGUCCCGCUAAGGCAUCGAUCCAGGGCCAACUCCGAUCUGCUGACGUCACUUUCACCGGCUACCUUCGAGGGGAGGAGCUUGCCGAAGCCUAUGCAUCUGCCGACAUUUUCGCCUUCCCUUCGAAAUCGGAAACCUUUGGUCAGGUGGUGUUGGAGGCCCAGGCCUCGGCACUUCCCUGCGUCAUUAUGGAUGCUGAGGGAGUGUCUGAGAUUGUCGAGGGAGAAGUGUCAGGAAUCAUCACUCCCCUGCCGGCAAACAUGGACCAGGCCGACAGCGUGGAGGUCCAGGAGGCCUUCCGAGCCAACAUUGAAAGACUGGUGGACAACCCUGUUCUGCGGGAAAAAAUGUCUCGAAACGCCGUGGCCCGAGCCCAAAAGUUUUCCUGGUACGAAGCCAUGCAGGCGUGCGUGGACGCCUACGCAGACACCAUUGUGGACGCCCAAAUGGAGACCAACACUUCCAUUGUUUAA